AUUAAUCGUACGCAUCAAUGCACCAGAGGGUACCGGUAACGAUACAAGCCGACAAAUGGAAGUUCAUUUUUCAAUUUUUUAUUCAGUCAGCAUACAAAAUGUUCUCGAUGAUCUCUUUUGCUUUCAAUCAAAAGCAUUUCCUCUGUCAAUCACUCGUGAAUUGACAUAAAUCCUUCUCUACUUCAGCUAAUCACCAAACCUUUUUCCUCUUGACCCUCUCUCUGCAACAUCCGUUCUUUAUAUACAGGGGGAGGGGAAAUACUGAAAGAGAAGCCAUGCUUGACUUUGGUGAUGAGUUAAUAAUCGAAAGCUACAAAAUCCCAUGGCUAAUAUGGAUCCAUCUUCUUGUUACGAUUCUUUUCAUAAUCCUUAUCUGUUUUGGCUUCAACAUUUUUACUUCAGAUUUCUCGCAAAACCCUUCGAUCAAUAUGACGUCAGCUUCACCUUCAUCUAGCAACACAUCUCAGUCUAAUCAAAUUAGCUCUUCACAAAGAACCAAGGUAAAUGAAAACCAAAGAAUUAAGAGAGAUGCGGGAACAAGCGGACAGACGAUGAUAGAGGAAGUUCAAGAAUGCGAAGAAUCUUCAUUGAAUGAUUCUAUAUUUUUUAGGCUUUUUAGGCAUCCAAACCACCCUUGCGACUAUCUUGGGCUAGCUAAACAAGCUCUUUUGAAGUGUUUCGGCUUAGAUUCCAGAACCGAGGCUCGAGCAACGAAAAAUUCAAAAAAGAAGAUUGAUGCACUGCAUUGUAGUCCAUAUAAAGAUUAGACGACAAGUGCAGAAGCCUGGGUUGAACAUUGGCCUUGAACAGUUCAACCAAGGAAAUGUAGAGCUCAUCAUUCUGUGCAUGACAACUACGGAAUGUAUAUUGCAACACACUAGCUAGCUACCACAUUAGCGUCCGUAUAAUUAACCACCGAUGCUAAUGAAUUACGAUUCUUGAAUGUAACUGAACUGUUAACCUUUGUUCUCCUCUUUUAUCCAUUGCACUUUGGAGUAUUUGCUUCAUUUCAAACGUAUAGUUUAUUUCUUCUCUUCA